AUCACCUUAAUUAUUAGAGUGAGUAUUUCUCAUAAAAUUGUUCUGCAUAUUGUUCUGUUUAAAUUUUUCUUAGCAUAUACUAUGUAAGAAUCAAUUUUUAAGAUUUUGGGGGCAAGGAAUUGAAGCAAACCAUGUCAUCAUCAUCAAAUCCAUCAUUAGAAGUUGCACAAGAGGAUGAUGAAGUCCCAAAACUAGUUCAUCAGUUCUAUUUUGUGAAGCUUUGGCCAUCAUCAGAGCCUGAUUCAAUAUCUCAAAUCAAGAAACAAGAGCUCACAGUGGAGAAAAUGAACCGAGACAUUCGUGAAAUCACUGAUAAAAUCAAAGAGAAAAUUUCAGAAAAGGACUAUGUUGCGUCUGGGAUGAGAAGCUCAUACUACUGGAAAAUGGAAUGGAGACGCCGCGUGGCGCGAAAAGGGAAGAUACUAAGUAACUUGUAUGUGGCUCUUGAUGAAUUGUGUUUCAUGAACAAUGCACCUAGGAGAAGAUCUAAGAAGAAGAAAUGCUUCAAGGAAGAAGAGCUUGAUAACCAUAAUCUGAAUGCAUUGAUGCGACACGGAAGCACGAGUCUCGCAGAAGAAAAGCAAAUUCUGAGGAACAUGAACACUCAUCAGAGAGAUGCUGAUAAAUUUCAGUCACUAGAAGUGCUUAGAAAUACUAUCAAAUGGGGUUACUAUGAGAAUCAUUGCCAUAAGCUACUGAGAGAAAUUGAACAAUUCCAAAACCAAAGGAAAAAAGCUGCUGCCAAUGCUUCUGCGAAGGGGAAGAUUCCGGGCUAUGUAUCGAUGAAAAACGCCAUAAAGGACCAAAUCAAGGUGUUCUGUGAUGAAUCUUCGGAGAACAGAAAAAAAGAGAUGGCAGAAUAUACCAAAAUUAGAAAUGCAGAGAAAAAACAAGAGGUCAUAAACCAAGAAUUACAUUCUUUGAAAACAAAGUUGGGAGAAAAGCAGAAGAAAAAGGGUGAAGCAUAUGAAUCCAUUACUAAAGUGAAGCAGUUAUAUGAUGAAGAGGUUACCAACUAUUACAAGUAUUGUUCACUCAUGAACAAAGUGCAACACCUGGCUGAAAAGAAAGAUACAGCAGCGCUUGAUAAAUUGUCGCGUUACGAGGUUGACAAAUUUAUGUUCGAAUGGAAUUCUAACAAAGCUUUCAGAGAAGCUUAUGCGAAAAAGAUUAUGCAACCACAACAAACACAGAAAAUAAACAGAGAUUGGAGUUAGGGAACAACUGAAUAGUCGAUGCAGUUGUUGUGUUGUUAGCAUAUAAGUGUGAUUGUUGA